AUGGCUGUGAGUGUAAUGGAUAUCGAAGAAGGUGCUACUACUUCCUUACCUGGAAAGUUGACUUUUCAAGUCUUCAUGUGUAGUAUCAUUGCUGCUGUUGGUGGUCUCAUGUUUGGUUAUGACAUCGGAAUCUCAGGAGGUGUGACAAGUAUGGACACUUUUUUGAUAGAUUUUUUCCCUCACGUGUACGCAAAGAAACACAGAGUACAUGAAAACAACUACUGCAAAUUCGAUGACCAGCUUUUGCAGUUGUUCACUUCUUCUCUUUACUUAGCUGGCAUCUUCGCCAGUUUUGCUGCUUCCCACUUAUGCAGAAGGUUCGGAAGAAAACCUAUAAUCAUGUCCGCCUCCAUCUUCUUCCUCUUGGGUGCUAUUCUCAACUUCUUUGCCCAAGAACUCGGCAUGUUGAUCGGUGGUCGUAUUCUCCUUGGCUGCGGUAUCGGUUUUGGCAACCAGACGGUUCCAUUGUUCAUCUCAGAGAUUGCACCGGCAAGAAUCAGAGGAGGACUAAACAUAGCGUUUCAGUUUCUCAUCACCAUUGGCAUCUUAGCAGCAAGUUUUGUGAACUACUUAACCUCAACGAUGAAAAACGGCUGGAGAUACUCUCUAGGUGGUGCAGCUGUUCCCGCCUUGAUCCUCUUGAUAGGAUCUUUCUUCAUCCACGAGACUCCAGCCAGUCUCAUCGAGCGUGGCAAAGACGAGGAAGGGAAGACAGUCCUGAGGAAGAUUAGAGGCUUAGACAACAUUGAACUCGAGUUCAACGAGAUCAAACGCGCCACAGAGAUUGCAAACAAAGUGAAAAGCCCUUUCAAAGAACUCUUUACAAAACGUGAGAACAGACCGCCGCUUGUGGUUGGAACGUUGCUUCAGUUCUUCCAACAGUUCACUGGAAUCAAUGUCGUUAUGUUCUACGCUCCGGUCUUGUUCCAGACCAUGGGGAGCGGUAACGACGCUUCUUUGAUCUCUACCGUUGUCACCAACGGUGUGAACGCACUCGCUACGAUUUUGGCCGUUAUCACGGUUGAUAAACUCGGUAGAAGAUUCUUUUUGGUUGAAGGAGCUACUCAAAUGAUGGUUACACAGUUAACCAUUGGAGCCUUGCUCUUAAACUACUUACACCUAGUGGGACCUAUUAAAAGUCACGCCGUGCCACUAAUAGUAUUGAUUCUCAUCUGCAUCUACGUGUCUGGUUUUGCGUGGUCGUGGGGACCAUUGGGGUGGCUUAUUCCGUCUGAGAUCUAUCAGCUUGAGGUGAGAACAACAGGUUACUUCUGUGCAGUGGCGAUGAACAUGGUGUGCACUUUCGUUAUCGGGCAGUUCUUCUUGUCGGCGCUAUGCAGAUUCAGAUCGGGAUUGUUCUUCUUCUUUGCUGUCAUGAAUGUUAUCAUGGGGCUGUUUGCAAUUUUCUUUCUGCCAGAGACCAGAGGUGUUCCUAUUGAGGACAUGGCUGAGCAGCGUUGGAAGAAGCAUUGGCACUGGAAGAAAUAUUUCAAGCAGAACUGA